GGCGGAUGAAUGAGUAGUCAGCAGAGACUGCUGCAGGAGGUAGCGGAGUGACUGUCAAUCUGUGCCCAUCUCUCGCUUCGCUGCAAUGGAGCGGUCAGCAGCUUUCUUCCUUUGCUUCCUGGCAGCCAUCGCUGUCUCCUCCAGGGCGCUGGACUUGGUGAAUGAGGAUGUCAAGCGCACAGUGGACCUCAGCAGCCAUUUAGCCAAAGUGACGGCGGAGAUUACUAUUUCUAACCCGGGACCGGGCGCCGUUCAUUCCUUUCUGUUGGCCCUGGAGUCAGAGCUGAGCAGCCAUUUGGCCUACCUAGGGGUGAAAGGGGAGGAUGAAGAAGAUGGAACCCUUCAGGUACAAGAAACAAACGUAAAAGGCAAAAGUGGAUUACAAUACACAGUGCAUUUUGGAUCCUCUCUUGCCCCUGGAGCUAAAACCAAAGUUAUCGUCGAGACAGUCUUUACACAUGUGCUUCAGCCAUAUCCCACCCAGAUCACACAGGCUGAGAAACAGUUUGUCACAUUUGAAGGCAACCAUUAUUUCUUUUCACCUUACCCAACCAAGUCCCAGACCACACGCGUCAAGCUCGCCUCUAAAAAUGUUGAGACAUAUACCAAGCUCGGAAACCCUACCAGAUCUGAGGAACUCAUAGAAUACGGUCCAUUUAAGGAUAUUGCACCUUGGAGCCAGGACCCCUUAAAAGUUCACUAUGAGAACAACAGCCCAUUCCUAACAAUUACUAGCAUGACACGCCUGAUUGAGGUCUCUCACUGGGGUAACAUUGCUGUGGAAGAGACGGUUGACUUGAAACACACCGGCGCAUAUCUGAAAGGACCCUUCUCAAGAUAUGAUUACCAGCGCCAGCCAGACAGUGGCAUUUCAUCAGUCAAGUCAUUUAAGACCAUCCUUCCUGCUGCCGCCCAAGAUGUUUAUUACAGGGAUGAGAUCGGCAACAUUUCUACAAGCCACUUGUUGAUCCUCGAUGACUCUGUGGAGAUGGAAAUCCGUCCCAGGUUCCCACUUUUUGGUGGAUGGAAAACCCAUUAUUUAAUUGGUUAUAACCUGCCAAGUUAUGAGUAUCUUUAUAAUCUUGGUGACCAGUAUGCUCUGAAGAUGAGGCUUAUUGAUCAUGUGUUUGAUGACCAAGUUGUGGAUUCGUUAACUGUUAAAAUAAUCCUGCCAGAAGGUGCCAAAAACAUCCAUUUGGAUAACCCCUAUGACAUAAACCGUGCUCCUGAUGAGCUGCACUACACUUAUCUGGACACAUUUGGCAGAGCAGUCAUUGUAGCUCAUAAGAACAAUCUGGUUGAGCAGCAUAUACAGGACAUUGUGGUACAUUACUCCUUUAACAAUAUAUUAAUGCUGCAGGAACCACUGCUAGUUGUGGCAGCAUUCUACAUAUUGUUCUUCACUGUCAUUCUCUAUGUGCGACUGGAUUUCUCCAUCACUAAGGAUCCAGCUGCAGAGGCCAAGAUGAAAGCUGCCUGCAUCACUGAACAGAUUCUUACACUGGUAAACAAGAGACUUGGGCUGUACCGUCACUUUGAUGAGGCUGUUAACAAGUAUAAGCUGUCCCGGGAUAUAUCCUCCUUAAACAGUGGCAAGAAAACACUGGAGACUGAACACAAGAAUCUGACCAAUGAAAUUGCUUCGCUACAGUCCAAACUUAAAGCUGAAGGCUCUGAUUUGUGUGAUAAAGUUGCAGAAAUUCAGAAGCUGGAUACCCAAGUGAAGGAGAUUGUUUUGAAAUGCUCCUCUGAAGCUGAACGUCUCGUUUCUGGGAAACUAAAAAAGGAAAGUUACAUUGAGAACGAGAAGCAGCACUCAAACAGGAGGCAGGAGCUCGUCAACAAAAUAGACAACAUUCUUGUUGGCUUGUAACGGUUUUAUUUCAAUUAGAAGCUUUUGAGAUUAUGGCACAACUGUGUGUUUUGCACACUGAGCCAAAACAAUGCUCUUUUUUUUUUUUUUUUAAAUGAUAGUUACAGUUUUGUCCUUCCUGAGGAUCCUUGGGCCUUGCUGAACUGCUUCUGUCUGUGCAACUUCACAUUUAGUCCUAAGGAUCUCUAGCUAUUGCUGAAUUUCAGUCACUACGAAAACAGGGCUAUCAUUUUGCAACAGUUGGAGACCUUGGGUUCAUGUUAUAGUGGUUCUUUUUCAAUGCUGGUACCACAGAGGCUUUAACACCAGAUCCAUCAUUCACACCACCUGUUAACAUUUGGUGAAUUCUAAGGCUUGUCUCUAACAGAUUGUCAGUAUAAGGGACAUAAAAAUUCAUAUUAAAAGCAGUUUGUGCCUUUUUUCAGAAAAUCUUUUUUUUUUGGGGGGGGGGGGUAUAUGAUGGAAACAUUGAAAGCCACUUAAAUUUAGUAGUUCGAGUCACACGCAGCAUGUCCCUCACAACAUUUUUUGUAUACAAAAGCGGCAAUGUGUUUUCUUACUUUUGAAGUUUAACUCUGCUGCCAUGUUUUUACAUUUGUGAAUGUGUAUGCCGAUUUACAAAAUGGAUGCUCUGUUCCUUAUACUUGUACUAUGCCCUGUUCACUUUGAUUUAACUUUUGUGGCCAGAAAAUAGUAAAGAAAAACGAGAAGGGAUUGCUAA